CUCAUUUUAGAAUGCAGACCUGGAUCCUGCCUAUUUCCAAGAGACCCGGAGGCUCCAAGUUCAGAGCUGCAUAAGCAGGAUAGCACACGCAUCCUCAUGCCGCACCAAGGACUGCCAGGCCCCAUCCUGCGUAAAGAUGAAACGCAUCAUUGCGCACACAAAGGUCUGCAAAAGAAAGACCAGGGGCGAUUGCCCAAUCUGCAAGCAGCUUAUUGCUUUGUGCUGCUACCAUGCAAAGAACUGCACAGAAGGGCCAGAUACGUGCUUGGUGCCAUUCUGCUUAAGCAUCAAACAAAAACUGAAAAAGCGGCUGCUACUGAUGCAACCCAUUACACCUGCUUACCGAAGCCAUGGCAGUGACCUGUUGUUCAAUACUAUCUCAAGCACAAAGUCAACGAUGUUGAUAUUUGACCAAUUAAUAAAUGAUAAGGCCUCAUUCGCAAAGAACCUAGAGAGAGAUAUAUACGAGGGUGCAGACUCGUCAACCAAUUACUACCGCUUGAUGGCCACAAAGAAGUGGGAGAUAGAGAUGGACAUUGAAGAGAAACUGCGCAUGGAGCAACGUGAAAUAGAAGAGAUUAUCAACUUACUUGGAAAUCAUUAAAAAGAGUAGGUAGGUGCAAAAAGAGUAUUAAACGACAAAAU